GAGAAGAUGGGAGACUUUUUUUCCGCAAAAUCCAUCCACGUGACACUUUACAGGAGCAGAGGCGUUAAACCCCGCCACCUUUUUUCACCGACCACCGCGUAGGCUUUGUGACGAAUAUAUAGACAUCAGAUUAAUUCUUGAACCAUUCUUGACCAACUUUCAAUCCUACUGUCAAUAUCACAUUGCCACGAGCGGCACAUUUUACGAGCGAUCCAAAUACUAUAUUUCCAAUAUGUAACAAUUCUUCAAUUCAACUCCUACGUACUAAUUAUCAUAUUAAUUGAAAUAUAAAUUUAUUUAUUUAUUUUUCUGGGAAUGGGGAGCCGUCUCAUAACUGUCAAGACUGAAGCAUCUCACUCAUUUCUCUUUCUUCCCUCCAAAUACGGCGUUGUAUCAAUUCGAGAUCGAACCAGAAGGAAACAGAAGGAAUAAUUUGGAAAGAAACCAUAUCGUACCUGUUUCGUUUCUAUCUUCUCGAGUUGGAAGUAUACGACCUCAACGGAAUAAUGGGAUCAAAUGAUUCCGGGAUGAAGAUUGUCCAUGGCGAGGCUGGUUAUAUACUCGAAGACGUUCCUCAUUUCUCCGACUAUAUUCCUAAUCUCCCUACAUACCCAAAUCCACUGCGAUCUAAUCCAGCUUACUCUGUUGUAAAGCAAUAUUUUGUUCACGUCGACGACACGGUUCCCCAGAAGAUUGUUGUUCACAAGAAUAGUCCAAGAGGAGUACAUUUUCGACGUGCGGGAGCCCGCCAAAGGGUGUAUUUCAACUCGGAUGACGUCCAUGCAUGUAUUGUUACAUGUGGUGGUCUCUGCCCUGGGCUCAAUACAGUCAUAAGGGAAAUUGUGUGUGGUCUUUCUUACAUGUACGGUGUCCACAAAGUCAUUGGUAUAGAUGGAGGUUAUAAAGGUUUCUAUUCCAAAAAUACUGUUACUCUAACACCCAAGGUGGUCAAUGAUAUCCAUAAGCGUGGAGGUACAAUUCUUGGAACAUCAAGAGGAGGCCAUGAUAAGACUAAGAUAGUUGACAGCAUCCAGGAUCGUGGAAUUAACCAGGUUUACAUUAUUGGAGGAGAUGGAACCCAGAGAGGAGCAGCUGUGAUUUAUGAGGAAGUUAGACAGCGAGGUCUCAAAGUAGUGAUUGCUGGGAUUCCUAAAACCAUAGAUAAUGACAUCCCGGUUAUCGACAAGUCCUUUGGUUUUGAUACUGCCGUUGAGGAGGCUCAGCGUGCUAUCAAUGCAGCACAUGUGGAGGCUAGUAGUAUUGAGAAUGGAAUUGGAGUUGUAAAGCUGAUGGGACGUUACAGCGGUUUCAUUGCAAUGUAUGCCACUCUUGCCAGUCGAGAUGUGGACUGUUGCUUGAUUCCAGAGUCACCAUUCUACCUUGAAGGAAAGGGUGGACUUUUUGAAUUCAUUGAAAAGAGACUCAAAGAAAAUGGACACAUGGUUAUAGUCAUAGCUGAGGGAGCAGGACAAGAUCUUCUUGACGUCAUGGAUGAGAAAGAUGCUUCUGGAAACAAGCUACUUAAAGAUGUUGGUCUCUGGAUAUCUCAGAAGAUUAAGUACCACUUUGCAAGGCAAAAUAAGAUGGCCAUCACUCUCAAAUAUAUAGAUCCUACUUACAUGAUCCGGGCAAUUCCAAGCAAUGCAUCAGACAAUGUCUACUGUACACUACUUGCUCAGAGUGCAGUUCAUGGGGCAAUGGCAGGGUAUACUGGCUUCACAACCGGCCUGGUCAAUGGCAGACAUACAUAUAUUCCAUUUAAUCGAAUCAUUGAGAGGCAGAACAAGGUUGUGAUUACUGACAGGAUGUGGGCAAGACUCCUUUCUUCGACCGACCAGCCAAGCUUUAUGAAUCCUAAAGAUGUUAAUGAAGCAAAAGAGGGAGAACCACCUUGCACUCUGUUGUUAGAGGGGGACGAAUGCGCAAAAUACGGGAAAUAACAACUAAAUGUCAGCUUCUUCAUCUGCUAUCAUAUGCGGGGGAACAUAGCUUUGGAGAUGACGGAUUUUGGAUUUAUUUGGUAUUCUCGACUCAAAUAAAACGGUCAGUUUAUAAGCAUAGCAAGGACCCUCUAGGGUUUUGUGGCUGUUGGUGUCCACACGCGGGCCCAAAUAUCGUCAAGAUGUUGCCUUAGCCUUAGAUGCAUUUGCUUGCGGACAAUGGAUCUAAAGAACUGGAAAAAAGGUUUUGCUUUUGGUCACAUCUGGAGGCGAAUACCUGAGAAAUUGAUGCGCAAUAGAUGCCAUUUUGCCUUGCUAUAUUUUUUUUACUAUAUGUCAUGACGUCAAAUAGUGUUUUCAUGAUCAAACUCACCCAAAUGAUCAGACCAGUCCAACCGUUGUCUGCC